UGAGAAAAUAGCUUCAGUUGAAAGAGAGGAAACUAUCAUAGCAUCUGGAGAGCAACAAAUUUUGACUCAACAAAGUGAUACAGGUGAAGAGAAAGAGAUGUCAGGGGAUGUUUUCAUCAAAGGGUCACUGAGAUAAUGAAUUUGCAAAAUGAUGGAUCUGAUACACAGUUGCAGAGUCAAAAUCUGAGGGAGUCACACCCUGUUACAGACAAAGAACAAUCUAAAAUGAUGACUACAACAAAAGAAAUUGAGAAAUCAGCUCAAAGUGAAGAGAUGGAAGAGGAGCUGUUAGAUUAUGAUGAUGACUAUGUAUUAACAGAACAAGACAAAGCUGAGAUUGAGAUGUAUGAAAAGGAAUUGGAGAAUCAAGAUGCUCAAAAGCAGAAAGAUGAGAUGGAAUUAAUAGAGAAGAGAAUUGAAAACAGAACCGAAAAGUUGGAGAAAUUUAUGAACUUUAGUGAAGGUGCUACUUCCAACAUGAUCAAUGAAGAAAAUAUAGAGAGUGAAGGUGAGGUGUUUCCCAUAGACAAACAAGACAACAUAUCUUCUGAAAAGCAGAAAGAAACAGAUAAGGAGGGGUGGAUGCUCCGAGAAGUCAUAAGCCAACCUGCAAUUGCCCAAAGAAGAAGUACGAGAGCUGGCACCCAAGGCAACAUACAGGAGAAGGCGACCAUGCUCAAAGCGGCAAGAAAUGAAAUCACAGAAAUGGAGCAUUCUACUGAAGGAGAAAGAAAAAGGCUGGAUUUCGAAGACGGUGGAACGACUUUCAAGAAUUUUGACGUAAAGCGUCCAAGAUUAGUGGUAUAGCAGAGAAGUGGAGAGUUAAAAUGCUCAAGAAAAAGAGGCGAAAGGGCUGGUCUCUGAAGUGGAGCUUUUUGCUUAAGAAGUGUGUCAAAGUUCAUAAAGCUUUGAUGUAAUCUUUUGUUAAGUUCCUUUCCCUAAACUGUUACUGUUAAGAGGAGUGUGCAAUAUGCACGUUCUUGAACCUUUUUUAAGCUGGUUGCCACAGCAAUACCUUUUGCUUUCUAUAAAAAGCAGGACCAAUCGGUCUUUGAUCUAAAAAAAUAUUAUU